CCAAGUUUCCGGUUCCGCCACAGCUUUGACAAGAAAAAAAACUACUCUUGUAUUUAUAGAUUCGUGAAAUCGUUCUGGUGUUAUCGUCAUAGUUUUUUAAACAAAAAAAAUUGAACAAAUAGUGCGUGAAUGUUAAAUGGAGGUGUAAAACUCAUCGAAAAAAAAAACUUGAUUUUCAUAAUUUGUCUUUGGAUUGUCAAAAUAAAAAAGAAAUGCCAGAACGCUGGUGAAUCACUUGAUUUUGCUUUUUCAUCUUCAUUCCAGUGGCUAACAAAAGUUCGUUGAUCUCGUGGCACAGAAUGACGGAGGAACCAAUAAGACGAUGUACCUCACCAUCGGGAGAGAGUAAUCUCUCUGGAAGUGGUGAAAUUCAUGCUUCGGCAAUUGUCGCUUCUCUUGAGGAGAGAUUAAUGGAUAUCACAUCACGUCAUUCUCUCAAUUCUCUACGAACACCGCCAACAAAAAAGGCAAAAAGAGUUCGUUUUUUUCGCAAUGGUGAUAAAUUUUACACGGGCGUGGUUAUGGCCGUUACUCCAGAGAGAUAUAGAAGUUUUGAUAGUUUAGCAUCGGAUUUAACACGUGCCCUCGUCUCAAGUGUCACAUUGCCAAGUGGAGUUAGAGCAAUUUAUACAAUGGAUGGAAGAAAAGUGUCAACAGUUAAUGAUCUUGAGGAUGGAAAAUGUUAUGUUGUCUCCGGUCAGGGUGAAAUGUUCAAAAAAGUUGAAUAUUCAUCAUCAAAAGUAAGAAGAGGUAGUUCUCUAUCUGGUUUACCACAAUCGCCGGCUGGUACCGGAAGACAAAUAAGUGCAAUACCUGCGUGCGUUAAGGCAAAAAUUAUAACACUAAUAAGAAAUGGCACUAAGCCAAGAAGAGUUGUGAGACUUUUAUUAAAUAAAAGAAAUGCACCAAGUCAUGAGCAUGUACUUGAGGCAAUAACAAAUGCUGUUAAAUUAGAUUCAGGCGCUGUGAGAAAAGUCUAUUCACUCUCGGGUCAACAAAUAAAUUCUUUAGAUCAAUAUUUUGAUGAUGAAGAAAUAUUCAUUGCCUAUGGUACCGAAAAAGCUAGUCAAGAAGAUUUUGAACUCGAUUUUGAAGAAUCAAAAUGCGUUCAAAGUUUUCGACGUGGCGUUUGGCCUGUUAAAAAACAAAAUGGACCAAUGCCAAAAAUGCCUCGUAAAUCGGGAAAAAAAUCAUUGACCGCUCCACAAGUUAGAACACCAAGUCCUGCUUCGCUUAUUUUACCACAACCACUUAGAUUGCAUUAUACUGUUGGUCAUGUAAUUGGAGAUGGUAAUUUUGCCGUUGUACGUCAAUGUGUCCAUAAAACAACUGGAGCCGAAUAUGCUAUUAAAAUAGUUGACAAAUAUAAAUGUCAGGGAAAAGAGACAAUGUUGGCGAGUGAAGUUGCGAUUUUAAGACAAGUUUGUCAUCCAAAUAUUAUUAGCUUAAUUGCCGAGCAGGAAACAACGGAUCAAUUAUUUUUAGUUAUGGAACUAGUAAAGGGUGGAGAUUUGUUUGACGCGAUAGCGGCGGCGACUAAAUUUUCAGAAUCCGAGGCAAGCGUUAUGAUAGGACAUUUGACAUCAGCUUUGGCUUAUUUGCAUUCUCAUCAUAUUGUACAUCGAGAUGUGAAACCAGAAAAUCUUUUAGUUGAAAUGGAUGGAAGUCGAGUUCGAUGUUUGAAAUUAGCUGACUUUGGACUUGCUCAAGUUGUUGUUGAACCUUUAUUCACAGUUUGCGGUACACCCACAUAUGUUGCACCUGAAAUUCUAGCCGAAAUGGGAUAUGGCCUAAAGAUUGAUGUGUGGGCGGCUGGUGUGAUAUUAUAUAUUUUGCUCUGUGGAUUUCCACCUUUUGUUUCACCAGACAACGAACAAGAGGAAUUAUUUGAGAGAAUAUUAAGCGGACAGUAUGAAUUUACAUCACCUUAUUGGGACAAUAUAUCCGAUUCGGCAAAAAUGCUCAUUUCAAAUAUGCUUCAAACACAACCGGAAUUGAGAUUCAGUGCUGAAGAUGUUCUCGAUCAUCCAUGGCUUACGCAGAGCUUUCUAGGAGGCGAACAAACGGCAGCAGCAGCAGCAAUCAAUCUCGAAUCACCGCAGCAAUACAGGAAUCAGCAGCGUCAGCCGAUAAGAGUCGCCACGUUUGAAUUCGACUACAAGAAACAAAGGCGUCAGACCAAGAACGAGUCGGACAAUGUUCAACGAUGUAGAUGGACGAAAAUCGAGCCCAUUACGCACAAGAGCGCGGAAUUAAAUAUGAAAAUUGAAAAGGACGACGUAUCUCGAGGACGGGACGAAGGCGAUUUUUUCAAUGUCAACAGUAAAGAAUCCAAAAAUAACGAAGACCUCACAACUAUCACCAGAUCUCUUCAGGAUUUAAUAAUCGAUCCAAUAUCAAAUAACGAAAAAGAAAUCUCCUAUAGAAAAGAUUUUUCAAAACCAUCGCAAAGUGUUUCAUCAUCAUUGAAUAGCAUUCCAGAGAAUUUAAAUUCCCCCAAUGAGGGACAUUUCCAAAAAACAUUAACCACUGAGAAAAAUUCUUCAUCAACCAAACGAAAUGGAAUUUUCUCACCAAAUAUACAUUCCAUUAAAUCACCCAGAACGCCAUUUGAUGCUAUUCAUAAUUUUGAAACACCAAAAUCUGCCAAAUCAACUGCCAAUCGUGCAAGACUCGCGAGAAAAAAUUUAUACAAAAUCACCAAUGGACAAACAAUUUCAAACAACGAUGAAACAAAAAUUUGUGACAAUUUUGUCAAUGUUCAAAUUUCGCCAGUUCAAAAAUCUCAUAAAUCAUCGGAAAGUUUUGAAAAUGUAAAAAGUUGCAAUAAUCGAAAAGAAUUGUCGAGUAAAAUUUCCCUUAACAGUACACGACAAACGAGAUCACAAACUGCCGAAGCAUCUUCGAGAACGUGUAAAUCACAAAUUCCCAUUCAACAAAAAAACAAAGUCCUUGAAAAUUCAAAGAACGAUCAAAACGAAGCUGUUAAACGACGAAUUAAACAGUCCGAAUCGAAAAGUGACAAUUGGUCAAAAAGAUAUAGUUAUUCAACAAAAAAAAUGUCGGAUUCAAACGAUAAUGGAAAAUCAAAAUCAACGACGAGAAAAUAUAAUUCUUCAGAUGAAUUACGUGAUGAUAAACAAACGGCAAAUGUUUUGGCAAAAGCAAAACGUUUUAGUUUAUAUCAUACACCACAACCGACGAGAAAGGCCUAUGAGGAGACAAAAAUUGAGAAAAAUAAAAAUGUCACAACCAAAAAUUUAUUAAAAAAAAAAGAUGAUAUUUCAACGAGUUGCGAGAAAAAGGAGAUUAAAGUACGAAAAUCAGUUGUUGAAAGUUCAACCGCAGCAAGUAGAAAUAAAGUAAAUAAACCGAAUGUUUAUAAUCGUUCAAAUGCAAUUAACUCAAGAACUAAGUGAAAAAGAAGAAAAAAAAAAUGUGACGAACUAUUGUGAGAUUGAAAGUGCGUUUUAAACGAUAAUUGUAAUUAAAUUUAUAGCGAUGUAAUGAUGCAUUUUAAAUUCUCGCACAAAUGCAAAUUUUCCCGUGGAAAGUUUAAUUGAGGCGUGCAAAAAUAAAUUUUGCCUACGAAAAACAAAAACUAAGCCGAUUGUAAGAUAAGAGAUAGUAUUUAAUCGAGGCGCAUGAUUAAUUCGACAAAAUUUCAUUUUUCUCACUUUUCAAUUAUCUAAAUUAAAUUUAAGAGAAUUUCUAUAAAUUUCGAAUUUUCUAUAUUAAUCGAAAAUCAAAAUUUUUAUUACAUUAAAUUUUCAUUUAACAUUAAUGGAUAUUUAAAUGAAUUUUUUUGUUCUUUUCGACAAAUUUCCAUUUGUUCGAAUUAGAAUUUUCCUGUUCAUUGUUCGGUCAAUUGCAAUUUCGAACAAAUGAAAAUUCAUCUCAAAUUCUAUGCAAUGAAUAAGAAAUAUUUCAUUAAAAUGUCUAUUGUUCAAUGAAAAUUUGAGUAAAUAAAAAUUUAAUUCUAAUAAAAAAAAAAUUUUGUCAAAUGAAUUUUUGUUUAUGUAAAAAUUCUUUAGAAAAUUGUGAUUUUUGUCAGCACUGAAAGAAAAAAGUCAAAAUAAUUGAAAUAUUUAACAAAAAAAAUUGUAAUUUUUUUUUCCGAAUAGUGACUAGAUCUUCUCAAAUUGGUGGAAAUUUGUUUAAAUUAAUUAAUUUGUUUAAACUGCAGAACUAGUUUCGUAAAUUUAAGAUUUUUAAUAACAAUUAGAAAACGUGAACUAAUUGAAAUAGAUAUUAAUUAGGGAAAAUGUUUCAUAUUAGUAAAUAUUCGAGUCGGAGACAUUUUUAAAAAGACAGAAAUUAGAACUAAAAAAUUAAGGAAUAAUUAGAAUAUAUAAUGAAAAAUGUGACAUAGUUAUUUGUCUUUUAUAAAAUAAGGAAUUUUAAGAUCAAGUUAAAAAAAACUUGAUCAUAUAAAAAUGUGCAUUUUUUUGUUUGUUGUUUAUUUAAAAAAAAAAUGGUUAUUUAGAAACUAGAAUAGAAAAUAAAGUAAAUUAUUUUUAUUAUUAUUAAUAUCAUAUUUAUAAUAUUGUUAUUUAUUAUUCGUAAUUAAAAAACAUUUUUCCGUAUUUGAUUUAAAGAUAAAUAAAAAAUUGUCACAUUUAAAUAGAAUAAUUUACAUUUUUUUAAUUACAAAAAAAUCUAAUUUAAGUAAAUUUAAAAUUUUUGAAAAAAAAUUCAGUAUUAAAUUUUGUGAAAAAAAAAUAAUUAUUCUUAGAUUUUAAAGUAAUUAAUAGUUUAUUGGAAAUUUAUAUAAUUUGAAAUUGAGAAAAUGUAGAAUUUUGUUGAAAAAUCAUGUGUAUAAUUAUUGAGUAGAAAAUUAUUUAGGCGCAUAGCGCGAAACUAUGUAUAAAUUGGACGCUGGAUUAUUUUGUUGAGUCACGGAGGACAAUGGAGCAAAGAAAAAUACAGUCUAGAGAUUAGUGCAGAGAUUGAACAAAAAAAAAUAGUACAUGGUGAGAUUGUUGUAUGUUUGCUCAAAAAAAAAAAGAA